UUUCUCUCUGACAAAUGACAUAACCUGCUAGCCCUAGUUGAAUUUUUUAUUUUCCUCCUACAAAAAUUUCUUCACAUUUUUUUUUCUCGGAUAAAAUAAAAAUAAAAAAUCGAGAUGAAUUUUAUGAACUGCCUAAAAACGGUUAAUGUAAUUGCCCGACAAUCAGUCCGGGAGUAUGCCUUCAAGUCAGAUUUAAAGAUCAAAUGGAAUCGACCAGAAAAGAUUUCUUGCAUUUUGCCUGAGAAAAGCGGUGACCUUAGCAAAUUGCCUACUAUCAAUAAAAAAGAUCCACUACCCGAUUUUCGUGAUUCCAAAGAAUUGAAGGAGGCCGAUGACAUAGUAAAAUCACUUUUUCAACUUGAAAAUAAUCCAAAAAUCUUCACGAGUAAUCUUUAUCGAGAAAUGCUUGUCAAAGAAGUACAAAGACAUCCUCUAGAUCUUGGUUCAAUGGAAGCUAAAUUGGCCAAAAUGACGGCUACCAUUCGUAUUUUCCAAGAGCGUAUGGAACAGUUUCCUCGCAAUAAAAAAAUGAAAGUUACACUCAAAGAAAUGAUUGACAAACGUAAGAAGUUCCUCAAGUAUCUAAGACGUUGGGACUACAAACGUUUCGAAUGGAUUCUUGAGAAAUUAGAUUUGGAAUAUAAAUCACCACCGAGCCACUUUCACUGGAUUACCCGCAAAGAAUCUUUGCGCAAAUUAACCAACACUCAUUGUAGAACAUUUCAACAUGACAAAUUGAAGGAAUAUCGUUUGAAAUUGCAGGCACAACAAAUUCCAUUUUUGGAAGAGAAAAUCAAGAAUUUAGAAUUCAUUCGUAAGGAACAGCAAGAAUGUCAAUUAGCGGUGACUGUUAGUGAAGAUGAAAUCAAUGCUGUCAAGAAGCAACUGGAAGAGUUGAAGGUUAAAGAAGAUGAGAAAGUUGUUAAAUCUAGUUAAGGUAUUUCAUGCUGGUUAAAAUAAAAAUAGAAUGAAUGAAUUAACUUUUA